AUGACUGACAGCAACUUGGCCCUGCUGAUUGACGGGGAUAAUGUCACGCCAAAAGUCAUCGCCGGUCUUUUGGUGGAAAUCGCCAACUACGGGACCGCUAGCGUUAGGCGGAUAUAUGGGGACUGGACCAACCCAAUCAUGAAUGGUUGGAAACCAUGUCUUCUAAAUCACUCAAUAACACCAAUACAACAGUUCGCGUACACUACUGGAAAGAAUGCCACCGAUGGCGCCAUGAUCAUCGACGCGAUGGACCUUCUAUACACUGGCCGAUUCUCGAGCUUCUGUAUCGUAUCAAGCGACAGUGACUUUACGCGCCUUGCAUCUCGAAUCCGCGAGCAGGGUGUCACGGUCUAUGGCUUUGGAGAACGCAAGACCAACAAUGCUUUUGUCGCGGCCUGUGAUAAGUUCAUUUACUUUGAUGUCCUCAGCACGGGAUCUGAGGAAUCGGGAGUAUUGCCACAUGCCGCCGAGUCAUCGAAGCCAGGCAUAGCACCGAUGGUGGUGCGCAACCAGCCAGUCGAAAAGAAACCGAUUGACGACCGAGCACGCGAGGGGAUAUGUGUUGCGAUUAGGAGAUCUUUCAGUUAUGGCGAUGACUGGGUCAACUUGGCUGAGGUUGGAAACUAUUUGCAUAAGAUAGGGCCUAAUCUGAAUGCGCGCAAUUAUGGGUAUGAGCGGCUUCGGGAGUUUAUUGAGGCUACUGGAAUGGUUGAUAUCAAGUACAAAACUAUAGACAAUAAACCGCCUAUUGUCUUGGUUCGUCUCAAAGAAGAGAGAGAAGAUGUAAUGAGGUAUUAA